GUUUAGUUUAUACUGUUAGCAUUUUAACAAAAUGGACGUAAAUGAAAGAUUCAGAAAGGAAUAUGCAGUCGAAAAUAACCCAUGUUUAAUGGAUUUCUGUAGUAGCAUAGUCAGAAGAAUUAAUGAAAUGGAAGAUGUCAGAAUCGAAAAUGACCCGACUAAACACCACCAGAUGAAACCUUUGUUGCUAACUCUGCGAGAAGAAGCAAAAGUGGCUAAGGCCGAAAAUUUAGCUGUAAGAAGAGCAGCCUUAAAGCGCCUUAUUCAAGACGAUCAAGAGGAAAUUCAAGGAUCUCUUUUAAGGAUUGGGAUGGGAUUCGUACCAACUCAUCCUUAAAAAUUGUAAAAGAAAAUUCUCUCGGAUUGUUUAAUAAACAAAAUUUGUAUAUAGCUAAAA